AUGAAGAGUGACAUAGAAAAAGAAGCAGGAACAUGGAUUCUCAAAAGAUAUGGUCAGUUUUUUAAAACACAAUUCCAGGAUCUUGUUAACGUAUCUAGUGAUGACUUCUGGGAAGAAAAUAAAACUGUUUUACCAAUACAAGUGAUAAUGAAACCUAAUGAGCUUUUACCGAUCACCGAACUGGUAUCCUCUGAUAACACUUUGAUGACUAAAGUACUGAGUGUGCUUUCAUCCCUUUGUGUUGAGGUAAUUGCUCUUAAAACAGAAGCUUUUGAAAAGCAUUUCACCUUUUUAUCAGUUUAUGAAGAAUAUAAUAAUAAUGAUAUCAGUACAUUGAUGGAGUCUAUAUGUGCAUUGAGUUCAUUCACCACUCGCUGCGAUGAAGUUUUACGUAACCUGUGCAGCCAAGUCCUUGCUAUAUUUACCAAGAGUGCCAUUAAUAUUAAUGGCAUACAACUCCAUUACAUAAUUAAUCAUAUCGGAGAAAUAUUCACUUUGCUUGUGUUAUUGGAAAUGUUAAUAUCUAAUAUAUCAUUGGCAACCAACUGGAACAAAUAUUGCAAAACUUUAAAAUCUGUGAGCAGUACACCUGAAAGAUUUGAUUUAAUGGAGGACCGAUUUAAAGCUGUGAUGGGAGCUACAAAUAACAUUACAUUGAGGCUAAUGAAUGAUGAUAUUGUACAGAAAAGUCUCCAGAACUUGACAGUUUUAAGAGGGAGCUUAGUGGACAAAAAUUGUUCACUGGUUACAAGUGAGUUUACCCAAUACCUUAAACAAGCUGUUGCAAAUCUAGAGAAAUUAGUCCAGGAGCAGCCUAACGUUGGCAAUAUGUAUAAGUGUGUCAAAGUUAAUGCUCUCUAUGUUCUCACUAGUCAUUUAUUUGGCAUCACAGAUAAGAAAAUAUUUAGAAGCUUGAUGGAACUAAAUGCAAAGGCUCACAGUGUACACAUUAUCGGGACAGCUAUCUGGUACCCUGAACAAUUCCUUCAGAGACAUGUGCCAUCACAUUGUGCAAAAUAUGACAAAAUGUUACAAAGCAUGAUCAAAGGACGUCAAGGCUUUAUUACUACAAAGAAAACUAAUUUGGCGAAGGAUGUGAUACUUCUGCAUACUUUAUGCACCCAGUGGGUUCUUAAUAUUGAAGAACUGUUUUCUUCUAAGCAUUAUAAACUAAAUGCUGCAGAAAUGAGUCUUCAUGCGAAAACAUUACUGGAUGGUCUUAAUAUUGCUUCGAAAAUAAAUCAUUCAGUCCUUACUUUAAUCAAUCUGCAUCUUGCCCUUGGAAUUCCACUACCUAAGAGUAUGUUGAUUUCAUUAUUUGAAAUUAUGUACAUGCUCAAAAUCUUAAAGAAUGUUCUUACACGCAAUCGAAAUCAAAUUAUUAUCUCAAUAAAUAUGAUUUUACAGCAUCUUAUAUUCCAAUCCACAUCAUCAAUACUUGAAGUAAAAAAGUCUUUAAUGACAGACAAGAACUAUGCAAAUAAGAGACUUGAUGAGCUCACUUGUUUAGUGAUAGCAGAAAGGGCAUUAAAAGGUGCUGCUACCAUAGAACGUAACAUAGCUGCUAAUAUUGCCUUAAGUUUUGUACCAGACACAACUUACUUAGAAGACAGCUAUACCAGAUUAGGAAGGUUAUUGGAAAAAAUUCAGUUGUUAACAAACUAUAUGCAGUCAAUGGAUAACUUAUGUGAUUGCUCUUGGUUACUGGGGCAUCAAAAUAUUAUCCCCAUUUAUUUUGAACAAAACUUCAGUGUACAAUUACACACCUUGAAAAUAAAAUAUUUCUUGAUGGUAUUAGAAGACUGCAUUGUAUUUUUAAACAAAAGGGAUAAUCAAUAUGGAGUACCAAAAGCCCAACAAUUUUUAAAUACCAUGAAGUCUUUAAUCGAGAGCAAAGUAAUACAAAGUGCAAGUCAGAAUAUAGAGACCAAUUUACGACUACAUAUUCACUCACAUUUACAGCUGGAUGUAGUGAAUCCUUUUACAUUUGACAUGACCAAGAAGUUUCUGCUUAAUAUAGACAUUUUAAGAGUACAGUUCCUUUACAUGUCCAUUGUACCCUCUGUGGAGCAUUACUUAUCCACGAUGUAUUACAACUUAACGACAGUAGUAUUGUCCGAUUGGAAGACUUACGGAGAAAUGCGCCAAAUGGCUAAAUUUAAAUUUAACAUCAAAACUGUGCAAGAUAAUCUACCAACACAAACCUUAGAACAAGGUUUAGAUGUAUUGGAAAUAAUGCGAAACAUUCAUAUAUUUGUUUCUAAAUAUUUGUACAAUUUAAAUAAUCAAAUAUUUAUUGAAAAAAGCAGUAACAACAAGCACUUAAAUUCUAUUAAUAUCAGACAUAUUGCGAACUCUAUAAGGACACAUGGUACGGGUAUAAUGAAUACGACAGUUAACUUCACUUAUCAGUUCUUGAAAAAGAAAUUUUACAUAUUUUCUCAAUUUAUGUACGAUGAACAUAUCAAAUCAAGAUUGAUUAAAGAUCUCAGAAACUUUAAGGAGAACAGUGAAGUCAGUGGGAAUACGUAUUCCUACAAAAAUGCAGAGAAGUUUAAUAAAGGCAUACGAAUGCUGGGCAUAAAUGAUGGACAAAGUUUCUUAGAUUUGUUUCGGGACUUAAUAAGCCAAAUAGGCAAUGCCAUGGGAUACGUUAGAAUGAUAAGAUCAGGAGGACGGCACUGUUGUUCUGAUGCAACCAUGUUUUUACCUGAUCUUGAAAAUGUGGAACCUUUUAAACAGCUAUGUGAAGAAAACCAACUUGGUACUAAAACAUUAGAGUCAUCUGCAAAUUUGGACAAUAACAUUAACGAUCUUAUUACAAAUUUCAUUCAAGGCACUGAAUAUUUCAAAUUACUUGUUGACGUGUUUGCGCCCGUGUUUCGUAAUCCCAAAAAUAUUCACCUAAAAAACUUUUUCAUUAUUGUUCCGCCUUUGACAUUAAAUUUUGUGGAGCAUAUGAUAUUAUCAAAGGAUAAAAUCUCAAAGAAAAAUAAAGUCGGCGCAGCAUUUACUGAUGACGGUUUUGCAAUGGGAGUGGCUUACAUUUUAAAACUACUUGAUCAGGAUUCUAAUUUUGAAGGUCUCCAUUGGUUUGAUUCUAUCUGGAAGCACAUCAAUGAUGAACGGAAAGUACUUCAGGAGCAGCAACAUCGAGGUUCUCUACAGCUUCAACAAGCGUUGGCAUUAACUGAGAAGAAAAUAAAAACGUUAGAAGACGAAUACAAAUUAUUAUAUUAUAGUCUAACCAGUGCCAGAAUAUUUUUCAGAUGA